AGAAGAAGAAGGGGGCGGUAGUGGGGCAUGUUGAGAGAGAAGCAGUUGAGAGAGAAGCAGUUGAGAGAGAAGCAGUUGAGAGAGAAGCAGUUGAGAGAGAAGCAGUUGAGAGAGAAGCAGUUGAGAGAGAAGCAGUUGAGAGAGAAGCAGGGAGACACUCCAUGCUGCAGUGCAUCAUGGGUAAUUCACCGGUAGUUUACUGUGUGCUCCUCCUGUCAGACCUGUAUUUCUGUGAUGUCGAACAGGAGAUUUGACUACCGCUGUGAUCCAGACGACAGCUAGUCUCCUGGAGGAGUUCCGAUGCCAUGGCGUCCGGCCACGGCUCCUCCACAGCGCCCCACACAGGGGCUGGGGGACGAGACGGGAUCUACUGCAAGGAGCGGAACGCCUCCUCGCCGCCACGGCAACACCCAGGCCGAUCGCUGCCUGACGUCUGCCCCAAGGAACCCACCGCCGGCGAGGCACGGGGCCUGCGUGAGGGUCCCUCAGUGGUGUCGGAGCACGGCCGCUGGACGGUGUACAGCUCCAAGGUCAACCUGCCGGCUGCGCUCAACGACCCGCGGUUGGCCAAGCGCGAAUCUGACUUCUUUACCAAGUCCUGGGGCCUGGACUUCGCUGACACGGAGGUCAUGCCCUCCUUCUACCUGCCUAACAUCAGCAGGGAGGACUUCGGCCCAUACCUGCAGGAGACAGCCCAGAGGGAGCGGAUCCACGAGCGCUGCAAGGCGAUCUGUCCCAACAAAGAUGGAGUGGAGGCCGUCUCCAGUAUCAACCAGAACAACGAAAAAUCCAGGGCUGAGUUGGAACAGGUCCCAAAGAUCUUCAUGAGGCCUGAGUUUGCGCUGGAGGACUCGGCCACCUUCAACGCCGUGCUGCCCUGGUCCCACUUCAACAGCGCUGGGGGGUGCAAGAGCAGCCGGGACAUGGCCUCCUCCAGACUGCUGCAGGAGAAGCUCAGUCACUACCUGGAUGUGGUGGAGGUGAGCAUUGCCCGGCAGAUCUCCCUGCGCUCGGAGGCCUUCUUCCACGCCAUGUCGUCGCAGCACGAGCUGCAGGACCGGCUGCGCAGCACGCAGGGCGCUGUGGCCGUGCUGCGGGGCCGCACCGCCGCCAUGGAGCGGGUCAUGUGCCGGGGCCCGCUCAGCCUCCUGCGCACGGCCCUGGAGCGGGGCAACUGCGCACGGCUGUACGACAAGCUGAAGCUGAUGGCGGCGGUGCACCAGACGCAGCCCACCGUGCAGCUGCUGCUCGCCACCUCCGAGUUCGUGGGCGCGCUGGAGCUCAUUGCCACCACCAAGGAGGUGCUGCAGCAGGAGCUGCAGGGCAUCCACAGCUUCAGACAUCUUGGCUCCCAGCUGUGUGAGCUGGAGAAGCUCAUCGACAAGAUGAUGGUGGAGGACUUCAGCAUGUACACCCGCAGCGACCUGAACAGGAGCCUCAGAGAGGAGCCACAUGUCCUGGAGAAGGAGCGUCUGGAGUCCCUGGUGUUUGGUCUGCUGCGUCAGAGGAAACUGGACUUCCUGGACAUCUACAACGAGGAGAUGAUCCAGGCUGCCAAGGGCAUCGUCACACAGUGUGUGGUGGACAGUGUGGUCAACAUCCCGGACAUCGACACGGACGUCGUCACAAAGCUGGCGGACCAGAUGCGACUGAUGACCUUCCUCCAGUGGUUUGACCUUCUGCAGAGCGUCUUCAGCAGCUUCCUGCUCUUCCUCCAGAGGGUGAAGGCCACGCUGAGUGUGAUCAGGAACGUGGUGCUGGAGGCCCUGGACUCCAACCAGAAGAGCCGGCUGCUGGCAGAGCAGACCACGGCCCCCGCCGCAUGCCACGCGUCCCCACCCCCCCAUCAGUCACAUCCCGGGGAGGCGGAGCUGGCCUACCUCACCCACGAGGGCCUCUUCAUCAGCGACGCUCUAAGCGACGCCCAGCGGGCCCACGGGGGCCCCCAGGAGAAGAGCUCCGGCUUAGGCCCCAGGCCCCAGCAUGGAGGAGCGGUUGAGCCGGAGGGGAGCCCCAGGCCCCAGCAGGGAGAAGCGGUGGGGCCGGAUAGGGCCUCAAGCGACUCUGCCUCGGGGACCACAGAGUCUUCCUCCGGCAGGGACCAAGGCUUCAUCGCAGCAGGGGGCGCUGUCAGCCUGUCGGGGGAGGACAUGAUGCCAAGUGAGCUGGAGCUUGGCCGCGUGGCCAACAACAUCCAGGAGCUGCUGUACGCUGCCUCCGACCUCAGCCACGACCGCUGCGUCAAGGUCCUCAUGGCCCGAGCCAAGGAUGGCUCCCUGGAGCGCCUCAGCCCGGGGGAGUUUGUGGGCCUGUCCCAGGCCGUGGAGGCAUUCGCCCGUAGCACGGAGGAUCUGUGCUGCCGGCGCAGCGUGUCCCUGCGGGGGGCGCUGCAGAGCCAGGCCAACCGCUUUGUCCACCGCUUCCACGAGGAGCGCAAGACCAAGCUCAGCCUCCUAUUGGACAACGAGCGCUGGAAGCAGGCUGAGGUGCCGGUGGAGUUCCAGCACCUGGUGGACUCCAUCGCCGACGGCAGGAUCGCACUGCCGGAGCGCAAGCCCCCAGGGAACGCUGAGGAGAGGAAACCUGGGGAUUUCCUCCUGGUGGACGGCCAGAAGUACGCUGUUGUCGGGACGGUGCUGCUGCUGAUCAGGAUCUUCCUGGAGUACUGUCAGUGCAUUAACGACAUCCCCUCCAUUACCACAGACCUGCUGUCCAGGCUGGCUGACCUGCUCAAGCACUUCAACUCGCGGAGCUGCCAGCUGGUGCUGGGGGCCGGGGCCCUGCAGGUGGUGGGCCUGAAGACCAUCACCACCAAGAAUCUGGCGCUCGCCUCCCGCUGUCUCCAGCUGGUGGUCCACUACAUUCCCUUGAUCAGGACUCACUUUGAGACCAAGCUCCAGCCCAAGCAGUACAGCGUCCUGCGACACUUUGACCACAUCACCAAGGACUACAACGACCACAUAGCAGAGAUCUCCGCCAAGCUCGUGGCGAUCAUGGACAGCCUGUUUGAGAAGGUCCUAUCAAAGUAUGAGGUCAAGGCCCCCAUGCCCUCGGCCUGCUUCCGCCACGUCUGUAAGCAGGUAUCCAAGAUGCACGAGGCCAUCUCAGAGCUGCUGCCGGAGCAGCAGACCCAGACGCUGUUCUGGAGGAUCAACGGCAGCUUUAAGAUGCACCUGAAGAGGCAGCUGGCCCGCCUGGGUGUGGUCAACGACGGAGGGCCUCAGCACGGGCUGGUGAUGGUGGACGUGGCCUUCUACACGGAGAAUCUGCUGUCCCUGCGCACGCUGGAGAACAUGGACCUGAGCAUGGUCGAGAUCUGGGAGCACAAGAGGUGAAGACCACCAGGAGGAGGAGGAGGAAGAGCAGCAAGAGCCCACACUCCCUCCCUCUGCCUUUAUCCCCCCCCCACAUACACACUGGAGGAGCAGGAUGGGGGACUGGCAGGGGGGAGAUGUUGGACCAUCAAUCUAUGAGCCACUGACUCCGUUCGUUGACACUUUGAGACUCAAACGGGUUUGUUUGUCCCCCGCCUCAGAAACAUGCUCGAUCUGGAGAGAACUUGAACCAAGUCUACGUGACCUCAUCUAAACACGUGCAAUACAACUCAAGCUAUGGAAGCCAAGCAAUGCAAUGUCUGGGACUUCUUAAAGGGGAUGCUGAGGUCGAUUUAAAGGGGAUGCUUCACAAUCGGUUUAACUAAUGGCUUCAAUAAUUUAUUUUUAAAAUCUCAAUUAUACUUUUUUUGCGGGGGUCAUAGUCAACCUUGGCUGAAAAGCUCUUCAAAUAAACGGUUUGGUUUCAAAUCAAUGGGGAUGUUGGUCUUGUCAGCGUAUAUUAACACUAGGCGGCGUUCCAAACGGUUCCUGGUACUACAGGUUGUAUUUGACCUGGUUGGUUUUUAAUGAAGGGACCUUACUUUUAUUCUGGGAGGCUGAGACUAUUGCAUUAUGAGGAACCCGUUGGACCUACAAAUCAAUUUAUUUUACAAGCUGGACACGAGAUGUCUCAGAGUGUAAACUAAAGGUAUUUUCCAUGUUGAGGGGUCCACACCCCUCUUCGAAAUGGAACCCCAAAACUGAAAUCCAACCAAAUACAGCUCAAUGUAAUCACCGUCAGACUUGAGGCUGAGGAUUCCCGAGUAAUUUGAUGAGGCUCGUAUCAUGUGAUAUUGCCUGACACCAAUUUGACCCAAUCAGGAAAAGCUGUUGCAGUAACCAGUGGAGUUCCGAGAGGGUGCUGUAGUCGUAGUCUGAGUUUUGGAAAAAGUGUCUUAUAUUCCCAUUUAUUCUUUAGACGAGGAUCAGCAGAACUAAGCUGUGCGAUGCAGAGGAGCCGGCCGCUCUUACUGAUGAUUAAAGAGCGUGUGUGAGCGCUGGUGCUGUGAUGGUCUCCUCAUAGAAAGGACCACCUCUCAAUAUGCAGCAUGUGAACAUGAGUUCUCAUCUUUUUGUAAUGUUUUUAAUUCUUUGUGCAAGUCUGUAUAAUGACAACUGUCUUAAAAUGUUUUUAAGUGGACAGGAUCUGCGUUUGUUUGUUUUUUGUGAGUGCAGGCAGAGUAGCAGCUUUCAACCCAAAUAAUGUUUCAUUUGGACUUUUUGGACCCGAGCUCAACUAACUAACAGCCAUGACUUUGUCCUUCAAAAGUGCCUACUUUUGAUAAGUGUCCACCUCUCUGGUAGCGUACGCUUUAGUACCUACUGUACCUGUCUGUGUGUGAGCAGAAUGCAACCAACAGGACGGCAUGCCUGACGAUUUUUAAAUGUGAGAUACUCCCAAACCUUUCUGAAUGAAAUAAAUGAAUGGAACUGUUGAGACUCAUCCCAUCUCUCUGU